AACCACCAUUUUGUCCGGACAUGGAAGGGGCCAUCCUGAACAUUUCAGAGACGUGGAAUUCCCCACUGAAUCUUGACUCUCUGCAGUGUGGGAGACGGAAAGGGGGGUGCCCCCCUAGCUCGGUGCCGCCCAGUUCCCCCUGCAUGGUCAUCGUGCCGCUGGGCGAGGCUGGGAGCGGAAAUGGGGAAAUGGCCCAGGGGGAUUCCCCCCAAAAGCCGCUCCCUGCUGCUUGCUCUGAGGCAAAGGAGAGAAUGUGGGCCCGAGAGGAGCUGACCCAAAGCCAAGCGGAAGAGGAAAGGAGGCAGGGGGCUUCGGCUUGGAUGCCGCAGACCCCUAAGUCCAUUCUGCUUACACCGGGGGACAAGCAUGGCAGGACGAGGAAGAAGAAGGAAGCCGGGCACGUCACGUUCGUCUCCGACACGGAGGAGCAUUUGAUCCCAGCGGACAGCAUGUCAGCGCAGCCUUUCCUGGGCUACGACUGGAUCGCAGGGUUGCUGGAGACGGACACUUCCCUGUCUGAAAAACCUGAAGAAUAUUUUGCUGAGCUGCAGAAUUUCCGUCAGGUGAACAAGGAGGCUUGCAUCCGUGACCACGGCUUCGAGUUGGAAGACUUGAAAUCUUCGGCCCUGGAUCAGGAGAUGGAAACAGAUGUGGCUUCCCACCAGUGUGUCUUCUGUUAUCGGUUGAAUAAGCGCCUUUUUACUGUGCCAAUGGAUCCAGAAUCGGCCUGCCCCGUUUGCAAAACCCCUCGCGCUGAAAAACCUCCCGAGACCCUGGUGGAGCCAGCUUUUGUUAGCUUCUAA